AUGCGGGUGGCGUAUUCGCGAGCGCCGAGCGCCACCCGCUCCUCCUCCGCCUCCACGUUGGAAUCGUUUCUGUCCAAGACUUCGGAGAAGUCGCAAAGCAUUCUCUUUACCUUACUAUUGCUGAUAAUAUUGGUACUGAGUGUUGGAGUGUUACUAGGCUUUUUUGAUGAAAUUAUCAUCAAAAUCUUCCAUGGGAGUGAUAAGAAAUGGGUUGAAUAUGAAGGAAUUGAGACGGAUUUUAGAAAACCGCCGGAAGGUUUAAAUGCUACUGAUGAUUUUAAGGAUUCUGAUGUCAAUUUUGGUGCUACUGAUAAUAAUUUGGUUGAAGUGGAUUCUACCAAAGAUUCUGAAGCUUCUGAUUCUACAGAAGAUGACCCUACUUUUAGUAGUAACAAUGUUAUUCACCUAUCAAAUCAAAAAGCAAUCAAUGGUUCAGCUCGUAUUUUACAAACUUCCAAUCCAAUUACUGGUCGAUAUCUCACAACAACUACUACAACAAAGCCUGCUUCAUCAUUUACUACAACUCCAAGUCCAAUAUCAAUAUUUUCUACUACAAUAAAGUCAUUAAACUCUUCAGCAAGUCUACAAAAAUCAUCAAAAACACCUACAAAUCUACUAGAAACGGCCAUAACUUUUUUGACAACAUCAAAAUCAACCGAAGCCAGAAAGUUUAUUGAUAAAGAAAAAGCUGUGGAAUUGCCUACAGAAGCUACUACAACAAUUGAAAAGACAGCUGACAAGAAUGAAGAAGUGAAAAGCCCUGGUAUCGUAAAAUCGACCAAAGUUCAACCAACAUUAAUUGGAGUUACUGCCACUUUUAGUACGAAACCCGCAGAAAAAUUGGAGGAAAUGGUAAGCCACCCUACCCUACCCUACCCUACCCUCUAUUUUCCCUUAUAAUAUCAACCUUUUCACGUUUUUGUCUUGUUCUGCCACUUCUACAUAUAAAUUAUAUUUUUACUUUCAGCCCCCUGUAAUAGUAACAGCUCUAUUAGACAUCGGCCGCGGCGACUGGGAACGCUUCACCCGCCCAUUCGACGUCUACCUAGAGUCUCUAAAUCAUCUAAUUCGCAUGCCAAAUCCAAUAAUAGUAUUUGGAAAUGACAAAGUGGCACAAUACAUUAAAAUCUACCCUAAGGCAAUUCAAGAUCGAAUUCAGUUCAUUGAUACUCGACUAAAAGACCUGCCCUUCUACUCGUACCGACAAGAGAUCGGUGACAUUUUAAAGACAGAACAAGAGAAUUGGCCAGAUUCAUGGCCAGAAAGGUUCAAGACUCAUCCUGAAGCAUGGUCUGCCGAUUAUAAUAUUGUAGUCAACUCGAAGUCGUAUUUUAUGUAUAAGGCUACAGUCAUUUCGAAGUUCAAGUCAGAGUUCUUUGCUUGGGUCGACGCUGGUUAUAGUUAGUUUUUGAGAAGAAUACUAAUUAAAAAUGGCAUUUUUGAAAAAAUUUUAGACUUUAUUAAAAUUUUACCAUGUUUUUUAAAUUUAAAAAAAAUUUAAAUUCGAAAUUUUCGAAAUUUUAAAAAAUUAAAAAUAUUUUUUAAAAUUUUUAAAGUUUUUUUUGUAAAAUACGCUUAUUCGUUCCGCUAUUUUAUAAAUGCUUACUUUUAAUUUUCAUUGCUUUAGGUCACGGUGAAAGAAGUAAGAUACCGUUUUGGACGUGGAGACCAAAGCUAACUCGUGGCAAAAUAACUUUGAUUAAAGUUAGUCCACCUAAUGAGAAGCCUGAAAAGUAAGUUUUUAAAUUCAUUUUAAGUAUUUUUAAAGUGCGUUUGAGUUUUAAAAUCAUUUUUGAAAAAACAAUAAUUUUUGUGGCACUCCGUAAAAAUCAAUAUUUUUUGUGACAUUUCGUCGAAAAUCAACACUUUUCGUAGAAUAUUGUUAUUAAAGCGUUUUAAUACGAAAAAUUUAGAUAGAAACGGUAUUUUAGUGAUUCAUGAGUAAAAUUAGAAUAAUUUUAAAAAAUCAAUAAUUUUUGAGGCAUUUCGCCAAAAAGCGACAUUUUUUGUGGCACUUUGUUAAUAAUUUUUUUUUGUAAAACGGUUAAAAAAGCAUUUUAUUAGCAUUAAAAUUAUGAUUUUUAGUCGUUUUUAAAAAUCAAUCAUUAUUGUGGCACUUCGUCAAAAUCAAUAUUUUUUGUGGCACUUCGUACUAUAUUUUUUUAGCAAAAUUUUUAAAAAAAGUUAUUUUUGUAAUUUUAUGAUUAAAAGUAAAAAUUUUUGAAGGUUAAAAAAAUCGAUAAUUUUUGUGGCAUUUCGUUACACUUUAAUUUUUGCUUAUUUUGUGUAUGCUUCUACAAAAAAACGAACUUAUCAUUACUUCAAAAGCUAAAAAACUGAACUUGUUUAUAAUUAUAUAAUUUUUUAGUUACGAAUUUCACCAAGUUUAUCGACAAACUCGUGACAUUUUGAGUGGUGGUGUAUUGGCUGGAGAUGUGGCAACGAUCAAACGAUUUCAUGCAUUUUUCAUGUUAACAUUCACUUCUUUAUUGGAUCAAGGGAAGGUUGAUGACGACCAGACGACUCUACUUUUUACUAUCAAAAACUACCGUAGUACUUUCAAUAUCCUUCAUGGAGGAUGGUUGGAUGCCUUUAAAGUCAUACCUAGAGAGCCAUAUCAGCGACGACGGAAGAGGAGUUAUUUAAAGGUUUGGUAG